AUGGCUCAAAGCGCCACUUGGGUUUCCGUGAUGACAGCGGCAAUUCCCGACGACCGAUCACAGCUUGUUCAGGCUUCCCUGUCUGACGAAACUUCAUCAUCAGCUGUCUUUCGUCUUCCUUCUAUCCAUCAUUCUUUCAAUAAUCAAGGUCUUUUCGAUACCACGACGAUACCCCGUCCAGGAGCGAUGGACUUUGCAACUGCUUCACAUCAGCCAAUGUACAACCAGGCUGACCUCGAUCAAGCAUUUAAUUCAUUGCAGACAGUAGACAACUCUUCUCCAUCUCACCAUUUGUCUCAAACAAUUCCUCAACAUAACUUUGAUCAUUCAGAAUCUCGAGAGGUCUCAGAUCAUCCCUCCUAUGAUCUCUUUUCAAACAAUAAUAACAAUUUUGCCUCUCAGCGGUACCGCGCCAAUUCAUCUUCCUCUUCGUCCCUGGGUCCUCCUUACGCCAUGAGCCCAGACGGAGUAUACUCGCAUGCAUCCUUUGGCGACUCUGUUCCAUCAUUUGGCUCCAGCAACACCUACGACAUCAUGAACAAUGUUUCGUAUUCCAGUGGGAAGGUCUCUCCAUUGACACCCAAUGACGCGAUGACUGGCAUCCAGCAAUCUCCGGUCUUCCCCCACUCCUUGGGUAUAAACGGACACCAGAAGGACUUUUCCAACGGCCACGCAUACCCGGAACUCCUCAACGAUCGCCGUGUUUCCGGUGUUAGCGGCGCUGGCUAUCACAAUGACUUCUCCGAUGAUUAUGGCAUGAACGGCGGUGCAGGCUAUCCUCCAUCGGCCCUUCAACCAUUCCAAGAUCGCAUGCGCUUGCAACCUGACAGUCGCUUUCCCCAUUCUGGCCUACCUCCUUCGGUCCCUUCGCAUAUGGGACACAGCCCUGAUAUGUUCCGUGGCGUUGCUCCGCAAGCAACGCACUCGUUCCGCCCUGACUCUGGCCUUCCUGGCUACGACGACGUGCAAUAUUUUGGAAACCCUCAUGCUGAUAUGUCCCUCCGCAUGUCCAACAUUGGGGAUGGUUUUCCUGGGAUGAGAAACGGGCAUCCUGGUAUGGGCUCCUCCAAUGACCUUCAGGCUUUCAUUCGACCCUACCUCGAUCAAUACGUACGGACGCCAAACCGCCUCGCGUUUGGCGAACGCACUGUCAUUGUCAUGUCGAGCAGGGUGGCGCAAAAAUCAUACGGCACUGAGAAACGCUUCCUCUGCCCCCCUCCAACGGCAAUCAUGAUUGGCAACUCUUGGUGGACUGACGUGAUACGCCGCGGGGAAGAGCCAAAACUUUGCCCUCCUCAUUCACUGUGGUUCAUGAUGGCUUUUGACCGUGAUCCUCCAACCGUCUCGACGAAGUACCUCUGUGUCUCCGGUUCAGGUUCCUCUUUCAAGGGUUCUGACGGCGCCCCUUUAAUGGGGAUCGAUACUCGUGCGCGAUCUAGCACGCCAUCAUUCAUUGCACGUACUGCUAGUUGGGAUCCGUUUGUAAUGUACAUUGUCGAUGUCAACAAACCGGCCGGCGGAAUUGAUACCCCUCCCCCACCACCUCCACAACCUGACUACCCUUCACCUCCACCAAAUGCCAUUCCUUUCACCAACAACGGCACCCAAAUACCAAUCUAUUACAACCAGACAGUGGUGCUACAGUGUCUAGUCUCGGGCGUCGUAUCCCCCGUCUUGAUUAUCCGGAAAGUUGAUCAUCAGACGACAGUAGUUGGAGGAGGUCUUCAAGAAGGCGCAAAGGGUGUUGCAGACCACUAUUGCUCACCAGGCGAAGUGUGUGGUGACCCAGUCUCGCAGCUUCAUAAGAUCGCCUUCGAAGUCUACGACUCAACGAAGGGCAUGCCUGAGCCUGGAACCCCCGGUACAACGGGCGCGUUCUUGUCGUGCAUGGGUGAAAAGGUUAAUACCUACCGUCCAAUUGAGGGUCGGCUGUGGAACAACCCGCCGAAUGCAGGGUCAACAUCCCCUAUCCUUCCUGGAUCUCCCGUAGUUUCAACACCAGCGGCUACUGCAAGCGAGCCAGCAUCACCGUCUUCAUCAAAUGAUUUUUCAAAUGACGGCGGGCGGGUGAAGAAGGCGAAACGUUCAACAUCAAGUGCCGGUGUUAUCAAGAAUCCAGGCCCGAAAGGGCGGCGGCGCCCGACCUCCGCCGGGUCUGCGUCUUCUGGACGUCGCGGAUCUUCCACUGACGCCGGCGCAUCAUCGGGUGCACUUUGGCAAGUGGAUAUAGGCGAGACGAGCGUCUGGACUAUUGUUGGCACAGAUCAAGUGCGAUACAACUUCUAUGUACCGCCCGUGUUGUUCGACAACCAGAAUGCGCCUCAAACAGGAUCAUUCCCAAUCCCGUCGAAGCCCGUCACUCCAUUCCCGGCAGUGGUGAAAUACCUUCCUCCUGACCGUGCUGCGGAGGCACCAAAGUCUAACUGCGCACAAUCGCGUGGCGUCUUGUCGAAACCUAAUCCUCACAUAUCAAAAAUGUUGACUGUAUACGGAGAAAACUUCAACAAAGCAGACCCAGUACACAUCUUCUUCGGAUCAGACCCUUCGCCAUAUGCCGAAGUGAGGUGCACCGAGGUGUUGGGCUGCCUACCUCCAGAAAACCAAGUUGCGAAACGCCGCCCGAUUAUCAUGAUACGACCUGAUGGCGUUGUAUUCCCGUCACCUGUUAUGUUCCCUUGA